AUGAUAAGGGGCAUCAAGGAGUACGUGGGCAAGAGACGCAGCACCAAAGUACUAGUCAGAGUUGGAAAUAAACUCGCAAUGAAAGAAAGACUGCUGGCUGACGUGGUGAAUAUUCGACAGGAAGAAAGUUACAGGCAGAGAAUUCGAAAUGAUCUUAUUGUGGAUGAAAGGAAUGAAAAGAAACUGCCCAGCAAUGAAUAUCUAAUUAAAUGGAAGAACGGGAUCCAAAGAAAGACUGAGGAAAGCGCAGAAAUGUCACUAAGAGCUGAGCACGUUCAAGAAAUGUUUAAAAUGGUUUUUAGAAAGGCGAAGUCCUGGAAAAACCACUGGCUUAGAUGA